AUGGGCCUGUACAACGUGCAGACGGACCCUGUGGUGAAGGGGAUCGCCAUGAAGUGUACCUCCCUCGCCGAGAUGCUGCUGAACCAGGUGCUCAACGACAACUCCGAGGAGAUGAGCGAGAUCUGCGCGCGGUUCGAGGCGAUCAGCGCCCGUGCCAUGGAGAAGCCACGCGAAUCGCACGAGAUGAAGGAGCUCAAGAACUACCUUGAGAACGUGCCCCAAGAGCUGGCCAUGCUGAAGGAGAAGACAGCGCGGGUUGCCAAGAGGAUGGAGUUCUUGUACGAGCUGGGCAAGGAGAUCUCGGACGAGGAGAUGCUAAUGAAUACCAACACGUACCGAUGGCCUGCACGGCUCCAGCCCAUGGUGGAGCAGGCGCUGGACAAGGUUCUGUCGCAGGAGGAGGGCAUGGAAGAGGACCUCAAGAAGCGACAGAAGGACUUCGAGGCCAGCCUGUCGGCUGCCGUGCAGGAGAUCGAGACCUUCCAAGAGUUCGGGAACCCGGAGAGAGUCUCCGUCUACCUGCAGAAGAUUGUUGACAUGAAGGGGACCCUCGACGAGCUGGAGAAGGAGCUGCUUCUCAUCAACGAGCAAGAGGAGAUCUUCGGCUGGAACCCAACGGUCAACCCUGCUAUCGAGUCCAGCAAGCAGGCGAUCGAGCCGAUCGAGGCUUUCAUCCAGAUCAUCCUCGACUCUCAGAAGAACCUCAACGAGUGGUACACGGGCCCUCUGAGGUCUUGGAACCCCGAGAAGGUCGAGGGAGACGUUGACAAUAUGACCCGAGCGGCCUACAAGUACUGCAAGCAGUACUCUGACGAGCCCGAGCUCCUUAAGAUCGCCGAGUCUAUGAAGUCGAGCGUCUCAGAGUUCAAGCCACACGUUCCGCUGAUGAUGAUCUUCUGUAACCGCGGGCUGCGCGAUCGCCAUUGGGAUCAGAUGGCCGACGUGGUGGGUCAGACGAUCAAGCCAACGGAGAAGACGUCUCUCAACGACAUGAUAGCCAAGAAGCUCACCCCCUACCUCACCAAGCUCGAGGAGAUCAGCGACGCUGCUAGCAAGGAGUACUCCUUGGAGAAGAACCUCGACAAGCAGCUGGCGGACUGGCAGGAGACUGUCUUUGUCAUGACUCCUUACCGAGACUCGGGCACUUCAAUCCUUGCAGGCUCCUGCAUCGACGAGAUUCAGGCAAUCCUUGACGAUCAGAUCGUGAAGACGCAGACGAUGCUUGCCUCGCCCUACAUCAAACCCUUCGAGGAUCGCGCCAAAGACUGGGAGCAGUUCCUGGUGGUUACUCAAGACAUCAUCGACAUCUGGCUCAAAGUGCAGGCCCAGUGGUUGUACCUCGAGCCCAUCUUCGCGUCAGACGACAUCAAGAAACAGAUGCCGACCGAGGCCGACAGGUUUCUCCAGGUCGACCGCACCUUCCGAGAAACUUCGAGCCGAUGCAUAGACAACCCCAAGGUGCUGAACUUCACCAGGAUGGAUGGACUGCUUGAGAGCCUCAAGAACUCCUUCGAGCUGCUCGAGCUGAUCAAUAAGGGGCUAAACGCGUACCUGGAGCAGAAGAGACUUUUCUUUUCUCGCUUCUUCUUCCUCUCCAACGACGAGCUGCUGGAGAUCCUCGCGGAGACGAAGGACCCGACGAGAGUUCAGCCCCAUCUCAAGAAGUGCUUCGAGGCCAUCGCCAAGCUCAAGUUCGACGAUCAGCUCAUCAUCCAUGGCAUGAUCUCCUCCGAGGGGGAGCUAGUCCCUUGGCCUCGCACUCUUGACCCUGCGACUGCACGAGGAGCCGUUGAGAAGUGGCUGGUAGAGACGGAGCACCUGAUGAAGGAAGCGAUGAUGGAUCAGACGAUCAAAGCGUACGAGGCUUACCCGACGGUCCCGAGGAAGCAGUGGGUGCUUGAUUGGCCUGGUAUGACCGCGAUCGUCAUAGGGCAGAUGUACUGGACGUUGGAAGUUGAAAAAGCGAUCCAGGAGCCAGACGGGAAGGGAGUUGCAAGGUACGCAGACAAGUGCACCCAGCAACUCGAAGACCUCAUCGAGCUUGUGCGAGGAAAACUGUCGAAGCUGCAGCGGCAGUGCAUCGGAGCUCUUGUCGUUCUUGACGUGCACGCUCGUGACAUGACGGUCAAUCUCGGCAUGGAGGGAGUCAGCUCUGUGCUGGACUUCUCCUGGCUGGCGCAACUUCGCUACUACAUGCAGGAGGAGCGAGUGGCUUGCAAGAUGAUCACAGCGUGCAUCAUGUACGGUUAUGAGUACCUCGGCGUGAGCUCUAGGCUCGUCGUGACGCCUCUCACCGAUCGCUGCUACCGCACCCUCAUGGGGGCCCUGCAGCUCAAGCUCGGAGGUGCGCCGGAGGGCCCGGCAGGGACCGGGAAGACAGAGACGACCAAGGACCUCGCCAAGGCGAUCUCAAACUACUGCGUCGUGUUCAACUGCUCAGACGGGCUUGACUACCUGGCGAUGGGGAAGUUCUUCAAGGGAGUGGUGAGCUGCGGGGCGUGGGCGUGCUUCGAUGAGUUCAACAGGAUCGACCUGGAAGUCCUCUCAGUGGUAGCGCAGCAGAUCAUGUCGAUCCAACGAGCGAUCGUGCUGGGUCAGACGGAGUUCGACUUCGAGGGAAGUCACCUCCGCGUGAUCUCCUCCUGCGCCGUCUUCAUCACCAUGAACCCAGGCUAUGCCGGGAGGAGCGACCUGCCGGACAACCUCAAGGUGCUGUUUCGAACAGUGGCGAUGAUGGUCCCCGACUACGCGAUGAUAGGAGAGAUCAUGCUCAUGUCUUUUGGUUUCAGCGACGCCCGCGUGCUAGCAAGGAAGAUCGUUGCCACCUACAAGCUCUGCAGCGAGCAGCUCUCCUCGCAGACACACUACGACUACGGCAUGCGAGCCGUCAUGGCAGUCCUGAGAGCAGCAGGUAACUUGAAACAAGCAGACAAGGACUCGAGCGAGGACAUCCUCAUGCUCAGAGCCAUCCGAGACGUCAAUGUCCCCAAGUUCCUCUCCCACGACCUUCCCCUCUUCGAAGGCAUCGCCAAGGAUUUGUUCCCCAGCACAGUUCUCCCUGCCCCUGACUACGUCAACAUGCUGGCGUCCAUGAACAAGGCGUGCGAGGAGAGGAACUUGCAGACAACCUCCUACUUCCUGCAGAAGACGAUCGAGCUCUACGAGAUGAUCGUCGUGCGACACGGCCUUAUGGUCGUCGGUCUGUCCUACGGAGGCAAGACCUGCAGCUAUCGUGUACUCGCCGACACCCUUGGCCAUCUCUGCACCCUGGGGCAGAACGAGGAGAACAAGGUCAGGAUCUACUGCAUGAAUCCCAAGAGCAUCACCAUGGGUCAACUCUACGGGCAGUUUGACCCGGUCAGCCACGAGUGGAGCGACGGAAUAUUGGCUAUCAACUUCAGGACGGCAGCAUCUGACCAGGGGCCGGACAGGAAGUGGGUCAUGUUUGACGGGCCUGUGGACGCUGUGUGGAUCGAGAACAUGAACACGGUGCUGGACGACAACAAGAAGCUCUGCCUUGUCAGUGGGGAGAUCAUUCAGAUGUCUUCCUCUAUGAACAUGAUUUUCGAGCCGCAGGACCUCGAAGUCGCCUCCCCGGCCACCGUGAGCAGGUGCGGUAUGGUCUACUACGAGCCACACCAGAUGGGGCUGUACCCUUCCCUGGGCUCCUGGCUCAACACCCUCCCCGAGACCAUCUCGUCCUCCCAGCGCGACAUGAUUGAGAGCCUGUUCAAGUGGAUCAUUCCACCAACCAUCAAGUUCAUCCGCAGGGAGCUCAAGGAGGUCUCCCCGACCUCGGACAUCAUGCUCGGCUGGGCCUUCCUGAAGCUCUUUGAGAGCCUUAUGGUCCCGUUCAAGGUCGAGCCCGGCAAGUUCCAGAUGGCAGAGAAAGAUGCCAACGCGCUGCUCGAGGGCAUCUUCCUCUUCAGCCUGACCUGGAGCGUCUGCUGUACCGUCGACGGGGAGGGGCGCGACAAGAUGGACGCGUUUGUCAAGGAAGUCUGCGCGGGGACCGUUCCCUCCCCGUACAACGAGGAGGGGGAGCGAGGGAGCCUGCACAUCUCAAACCCCUUCCCCAAGGAGCACAGUAUCUACUCCUCCUUCUUCGACGCGUCCAAGGGCAAGUGGGCCACAUGGGGCUCCCUCAUCUCCAACCACACCAUCGACGCCAACCUACAGCCCCACGAGAUCAUCGUCCCCACCGUCGACACCACCCGCUACACGUACCUCCUCGACACUACCUGCCAGAACGGCCGCCUCCCCCACGACCUGAACCGUAUGGCCUUCCUCCUCUGUGGCCCUACCGGGACCGGCAAGACGAUCUACAUCAACAACCACCUGCUCAACGGCCUCUCCCCAGACAAGUUCAACGUGAUCUCCCUCGGCUUCUCCGCUCAGACUUCUGCCAACCAGACGCAGGAGAUCGUCGAGUCAAAGCUGGACAAGCGGAGGAAGGGAGUGCUGGGCCCUCCCAUCGGCAAGCUCUGCAUCGCCUUCAUCGACGACCUCAACAUGCCCAAGAAGGAGACGUACGGGGCUCAGCCCCCGAUCGAGAUCCUGCGGCAGUACAUGGACCAUCAUGGCUGGUACGACCUCAAGGAGAAGAACUUCAUGAAGAUAGAAGACAUGAUGUAUGUAGCUGCCAUGGGCCCGCCGGGCGGAGGCAGGACUUUCAUUACUCCUCGCUUCCUCCGAUGGUUCAACAUGAUCAGCGUGACUGAGUUUGACAACGAGGUGAUGACAGGGAUCUUCUCUACCAUCAUGAAGCACGCCUUCGAAAAGAACAACACCCCCUCCUCCAUCAAGGGACUUCAGAACGCCGCCAUCCAGGCGACCAUGGAGGUGUACGAGGCGGCGCUCAAGAAUCUGCUGCCGACGCCGGACAAGAGUCACUAUCUCUUCAACCUGAGAGACUUCGGCAGGGUCGUUAUGGGCAUCUGCAUGGCCGACACUGCCAGCAUGACCGAACCCGCGCAGUUCUGCAGGCUGUGGUGCCACGAGAUCAUGCGAGUCUUCUACGAUCGUCUAACGGACGACAAGGACCGCGAGUGGCUGAUAGAAACGCUGAGGACCAAGACCAAGGCUCGCUUCAGCCAAGACUUUGAUAAGAUCCUCGACCACCUCAAGCACGAAGGCGAGGACGGCGUCGUCUCCAUCUCCCAGGCUCGCAGGUUGUUGUUCGGAGACUUCCAGAAGCCCGACGGGAAGCGGGUCUACGAGGAGAUGCCCAACCCCGAGGUGGUGAUCGAGGCGUGCAACGGGUACCUCGAGUACUACAACGCGACUUGCAAGAAGCCCAUGGACCUGGUGCUCUUCCUCUUCAUGAUCGAGCACAUCACUCGCAUCUGCCGCAUCCUCCGAUCGCCGGGAGGAAACGCUCUGCUGAUCGGCAUAGGGGGGAGUGGCAGGCAGAGCUGCACAAGGCUUGCCGCCUCCAUCAUGGACUACACGGUGGUGGAGAUCGAGAUCUCCAAGACGUACGGCAAGAACGAGUGGAGGGAAGACCUGAAGCGCCUACUCACAGUGGCAGGAGGGGACGGAAAGCCGACGGUUUUUCUCUUCACCGACACUCAGAUCAAGAUGGAGUCGUUCGUCGAGGACCUCAACAACCUUCUCAACACCGCCGAAGUGCCGAACCUCUUCGCCUCUGACGAGAAGGCCGUGCUUGCUGAGAAGUGCCGACCCGCCGCCAAGGCAGCUGGGAGGGUGCUCAACACCCCAGCUGACCAGUACGCCUUUUUCAUUGAGAGGUGCAAGAGCUUGAUGCACAUCGUGCUGGCCUUCAGCCCGAUCGGAGACGCCUUCCGUAGCCGCCUCCGGCAGUUCCCCAGCUUGGUCAACUGCUGCACCAUCGACUGGUUCACCGAGUGGCCGUCGGACGCGCUGGAGUCGGUGGCGAGGAGGUUCCUGUCGGAUGUGGAGAUGGAGGACGGGACGCGGCAGAGCUGCGUCUCCAUGUGCAUCUCCAUGCACGAGAACGUGGCGGAGCUGUCGCACAAGUUCCUCUCCGAGACGAGGAGGCACAACUACGUCACCCCCACCAGCUAUCUGGAGCUCAUCAACACCUACAAGACGCUGCUGAAGCAGAAGCGCGAGCAGAUCAACAUGCAGAUCAAGCGAUACACCGGAGGCCUCGGGGCCCUCGCGCUGGCGGAGACGUCGGUCAACACCAUGAAACAGGAGCUCAUCGACCUUCAGCCCGGCCUCCUCCAGGCGCAGAAGGACACGGAGGCGCUGACGGCUAAAGUUGAGGCCGCGAUCCCUGGUGUCGAUGCGCAGAAGGCGAUCGCUAUGAAGGAUGAAGAAGCGACGGCAAAGCAGGCUGCUGAGGUACAGAAGGUGAAGGAGGAGUGCGAGGCGGAUCUAGCGGAGGCGAUCCCCAUCCUCAACGACGCUCUCAAGGCGCUGGACACGAUCAAGAAGCAGGACAUCGACCUGGUCAAGAGCAUGGCGAAGCCUCCCUUCGGUGUGCAGCUGGCGAUGAAGGCGGUGCUAGUCAUGCUGGACCUGAAGCCCGACAAGAAGAACGACCCCGACAAACCCGGCGCGAAGAUCGACGACUGGUGGUCCCCAGCUGUGCGCCUGCUGAACACGGGUACGCUGCUGCAGUCGCUCAAGAGCUACGACAAGGACAAUAUCCCCGCUAAGAUCAUCGAGAAGAUCCGCAAGGAGUUCCAGCCGGACCCGGGUUUCACCCCAGCUCAGAUCGCCAAGGCCUCCACGGCAGCUGAGGGCCUGUGUAAGUGGGUGCUGGCGAUGGAGGGGUACGACAGGGUGGCGAAGAUCGUGGCCCCCAAGAAGGCAGCGCUGUCGGUAGCUGAGGGAGAGCUGGCAGAGGCGAUGAAGGUGCUGGAGCACAAGCGGGCUGACCUGAAGAAGGUCGUGGACGAGCUCAACGGUCUCAAGAAUCAGCUGCGAGAGUGCGCGGAAAAGAAGGCAGAUCUCGAGGCCCAAGCUGAGCUUUGCGCCCUGAAGCUGGAGAGGGCCGAGCAGCUGAUAGCUGGGCUGGGAGGUGAGAAGUCGAGGUGGACGGCUGUGGCGGAGGAGCUACAGGUGGAGUUUGUCCACCUCACAGGAGACGUUCUUGUCUCCUCCGCCUACGUCGCCUACCUCGGGGCCUUCAUGAAGAACUACAGGGACGACGUGAUUGUUCAGUGGAUUCACCUGCUGGGCGAGCUGUCGGUCCCCCGAUCAGACACGUUCGUUCUGUCCAAGGUGCUCGGGGACCCAGUCAAGAUCAGGGAGUGGUCGAUCAACGGGCUGCCCUCCGACGUCUUCUCCAUCGACAACGGUAUCAUCGUCACCAACGCUAGGAGGUGGCCCCUCUGCAUAGACCCCCAGGGGCAGGCGAACAAGUGGUUCCGCAACACAGAGAAGAAGAACGGCCUCAAGGUCAUCAAGCUCACCGACACCGACUUCGUCCGCACCCUCGAGAACUCAAUCCAGUUCGGCAACCCCGUCCUCCUCGAGAACGUCCUGCAAGAGCUCGACCCGACCCUUGAGCCGCUCCUCCUCAAGCAGACCUUCAAGCAGGGAGGCGUCAUGUGCAUUCGGCUCGGGGACGCGACUAUCGAGUACUCCAAUAACUUCCGCUUCUACAUCACCAGCAAGCUGCCGAACCCGCACUACAUGCCGGAAACAGCCGUCAAGGUCACCCUCCUCAACUUCAUGAUCACCCAGGACGGCCUGCAGGACCAGCUGCUGGGGAUCGUGGUGGCAGAGGAGCGUCCGGACUUGGAGGAGGAGAAGAAUAUUCUGAUCGUACAGGGAGCAGAGAACAAGAGGAAGCUGCGGGAGACAGAGGACAAGAUCCUGGAGGUCCUCUCUGCGGAGGGAAACAUCCUAGAGAACACAGAAGGCAUCCAGGUUCUCAAAGACGCCAAGGUUCUCUCCAACGACAUUGAGGAGAAGCAGAAGAUCGCAGAGGAGACCGAGGCGAAGAUCGACGAGGCAAGAGCAGGAUACAAGCCGGUGGCCUGGAGAGCCUCGAUCCUCUUUUUUGCCAUCUCCUCGCUCAACAGCAUCGAGCCCAUGUAUCAGUACAGCCUGACCUGGUUCAUCGCCCUCUUCAGGCAGAGCGUCAAGGACUCCGAGCCCAGCUCCGAGUUGGAGAAGCGACUGGCGUCGUUGGACGAUCACUUCACCUACUUCCUGUACAAGAUGGUCUGCCGCUCGCUCUUCGAGAAGGACAAGCUCCUCUUCUCCUUCCUGCUCUGCAGUCGCCUCAUGCGAGCUUCCGGUCGGCUAGACGAGGAGGACCUUCGCUUCCUCCUCACGGGUGGUGUGGCCGUGGGUGAGGCUCCUCCCAACCCCUUCGAGUCUUGGCUGAUCGAGAGGAGCUGGGGAGAGAUAACGCGCCUGUCGAACCUCAAGGUGACGUCAUCGUUCAAGGACGACUUCGUCAAGCACGGGGACGAAUGGAAGGAAAUCUUCGAGUCCUCGGAGCCCUACAAGCUCGACUUCCCCGGGCAGUUCAAGGAGUGCGAGCCCUUCACUCGCCUCCUCAUCAUCCGCAGCAUCCGAUCGGACAAGAUCGUCCCCGCCAUCAUGCUCUUCGUCGCCAACGAGAUGGGCCAGCAGUUCAUAGAGCCUCCUCCCUUCGACCUCGCUGCCUGCUACGAGGACUCUGACCCCUGCACGCCGCUCAUCUUCAUCCUCUCCGCUGGGUCCGACCCCAACGCUGCUCUCUUCAAGCUAGCGGACGAGAAGGGGUUCGGGGAAACCAUCAAGAGCGUGUCGCUGGGGCAGGGCCAGGGUCCGAUCGCAGCCAAGUACGUGGAGGAGGGGUACAAGAACGGCUCGUGGGUGGUGCUGCAGAACUGCCACGUGUACGGGAGUUGGAUGGUGACCUUGGAGAGGAUUUGCGAGGAGUUCAAGCCGGAGACCGCGAACAAGAACUUCCGGUUGUGGCUGACGAGCUACCCGUCCAGCGUCUUCCCAGUCUCGGUCUUGCAGAACGGCAUCAAGAUGACCAACGAGUCGGCCAAGGGCAUCAGGCUGAACGUGAAAGGCUCCUUCCUGUCCGACCCGAUCGGCGACGAAGAAUUCUUCACCUCCUGCAAGAAGCCUCUCAAGUGGAAGAAGCUCGUCUACGCUCUCUCUUUCUUCCAUGCUGUGAUACAGGAGAGGAGGAGCUUCGGGCCUCUCGGAUGGAACAUCCCGUACGAGUUCACCUCUGGAGACAUGUCGAUCAGCGUGAAGCAGACCAAGAUGAUGCUGGACGAGUACGAGGAGGAUCAGUUCAAAGCUCUCAACUACCUCAUCGGCGAGUGCAACUAUGGCGGGAGGGUCACGGACGACAAGGACAGGAGGUAUCUCCUCUGUGCGCUCUCCGACUUCUACAACUCCUUCGUGUUCAACGACGACUACAGCUUCUCCCCCUCGGGGCUCUACAAGGCCCCAGCUGACAUCGAUUACAUGGAGCACUCGCAGAUCAUCGACUACAUCAUGCAGAUGCCGCUGACUCAGCAGCCGGAAGUCUUCGGCCUGCACGACAACGCUGACAUCACAAAGGAUCAGCAGGAGACGAACUACUUCUGCGACACCAUGCUCUCCACGGAGGCCGGGAGCUCAGGAGGAGGAGGAGGAGGGUCGGGGAAGAAGUCAGCGGACGAGGUGCUGGACGAGCUGGCCGAGGGGAUCCUCAACAGGGUCCCCCAGGUCUUCGACAGGGAGAGGGUCAUGAAGAAAUUCCCCAUCCGCUUCGAUGAGAGCAUGAACACCGUCCUCUCCCAGGAGCUCAUCCGCUACAACGGACUCAUCGAAAUCGUUCGCAGCUCGCUGUCGGACCUGCGCAAGGCUCUCAAGGGCCUCAUCGUCAUGUCUGCUGACCUCGAGCAGGUCCAAGUCGCGCUCAACACCGGCAAGGUGCCGGGGCUGUGGGCCAAGAAGUCCUACCCGUCCCUGAAGCCUCUGGGGGGAUACAUCGCCGACCUGCUCGCCAGGCUCUCCUUCUUCCAGAGUUGGAUCGACAACAAGCAGCCGGCCACGUUCUGGCUGUCGGGCUUCUUCUUCGUGCAUGCGUUCAUGACGGGGGCCAUGCAGAACUACGCGAGGAAGUACACGCUGCCGGUCGACACCCUCAACUUCGAGCACAUCAUGAUGGAAGAGGAGCACUACGACACGCCUCCCACCAACGGAGUCUACGUGCAUGGCCCCUUCUCUGAGGGCUGCCGGUGGAACAAGCAGACGAACCUGCUCGAGGAGUCGGAGCCUAAGGUUCUCUUCAGUCCCAUGCCGGUCAUGUGGUUCUCUCCCAAGGAGAUGCCCUCCCCGCACUGCAUGUGGAAGGAGGAGCGGCAGGACGACGGCUCCGUCCUCGUCGAGGGCUUCUACGUGGCUCCUCUCUACAAUACCUCAGCCAGGAGGGGCGUGCUGGCCACCACCGGCCACUCCUCCAACUUCGUCUGCCCCAUCGUGAUCCCAACGGCAAAGCCGCAGAGCCACUGGAUAAAAAGAGGAGCUGCACUCCUCAUGCAGCUCGACGAUUAA